AUGAAUAUAAAACUGUGUCUCAAGGUACUAGGGCUGGUAGUGCAAUGUGCUACAGCGAUUCAUGGGUAUAGAGAAAUAAACAGGGCGCGGCAGGGGUACCUCUCAUCGGCGUUGCCAGAACGUGGAAUACUGUCGAACGAUGAUGAUGAUAAGUGUCCCCCAUGCUUCAACUGCAUGUUAGAGAUGUUUGAAUGUAAACAGUUUUCAACUUGUAAUUCCUAUACAGGCAAGUGUGAAUGUUUGCCGGGUUUUGGAAGCGAGGAUUGCUCGGAACCGUUGUGUGGGGCUCUUAGCGACGAGGAUGGACAUAGACCGUUUAGAAAACCUCAAGAAAAGUGUGCAUGUAAAGAUGGGUGGGGUGGUAUUAAUUGCAAUGUAUGCCAGGAGGAUGAUGUGUGUGAUAGUUUUAUGCCGGAAGGCUUAAAGGGGACAUGUUACAAGGAUGGCAUAAUUGUUAAGUCUUUAUAUCAAGGCUGUGAUGUUACCAACAAGAAAAUAUUGGAAAUAUUGAAAGGUGCAAAACCCCAGGUUACAUUUUCAUGUAACAGGACUGUUGCAGAUUGUAACUUCCAGUUUUGGAUUGAUGAAAUCGAGAGUUUCUAUUGCAAGUUGGAUACUUGUCAGUUUGAAUAUGACCUGAACAAAAAUGUAUCGCAUUAUACCUGUGAAGACGUCAGUUGUAAGUGUAUUCCGGAAACGAUGCUUUGCGGUAAGGAAGGGUCUAUAGACAUUUCUGACUUCCUAACAGAGGCUAUUAAAGGGCCCGGUGAUUUUAGUUGCGACUUGAAAACAAAGGACUGUCGAUUCAGCGAGCCAAGUAUGAACGAUUUAAUUUCAUCUGUAUUUGGUGAUUCCUAUAUCAUGUUGCAAUGUGAAUCUGGAGAAUGUUUACACUACAGUCAGAUUCCUGGUUACGAACCCCCUCGUAAAAAUAAACUGACCAAGUUCGGCAUCUUCGUUAUAUCAAUAACUUUGGUAAACAUUAUUGGAGUGGCCUCUCUGGUUGUCUUUUAUAUUUUGAAGAGUCCUCUAUUCAAUCAGGGCGCUAUCAAGUUAUCAGAGGAAGAUGGUAAGGAGCAUGACUUCUUGAAAUCAAAUGUUAAGGCAACCUUAACAUUUGAGAAUAUAUCUUAUAAAGUUUUUCCCACGAAGAAGGUCAAUACUACAGUUUUGAAUUCUGUUAGUGGGGUAGCGCGUUCAGGUGAAAUUCUAGCUAUUAUGGGCGGUUCUGGUGCUGGAAAAACAUGCUUGUUAGACAUAUUGGCAAUGAAGAACAAGACUGGUGCUGUGUCCGGUAAUAUAAAAGUAAAUGGAACAAGUAUAUCUAAGGGUGACUUCGCAAAAAUUGUUGGAUUCGUUGAUCAAGAAGAUUAUUUGUUACCAACCCUAACUGUUUAUGAAACAGUACUAAAUAGUGCGCUAUUGCGUCUACCUAGAUCGAUGUCAUUCAAUGCUAAGCAGCGCAGGGUGUAUCAAGUCUUGGAAGAGUUACGGAUAUUCGACAUAAGAGACCGAGUCAUAGGUAACGAUUUCGAAAGAGGUAUCAGUGGCGGUGAGAAGAGAAGGGUGUCAAUUGCCUGCGAAUUAGUAACUUCUCCUCUAAUUCUAUUUUUAGAUGAGCCUACAUCAGGACUGGAUUCCAACAAUGCAAACAAUGUCAUUGAAUGUUUGGUUAGGCUGGCUUCUCACUAUAAUAGAACGUUGGUACUAUCUAUUCACCAGCCUAGAUCUAACAUUUUCAAGUUAUUUGAUAACCUGGUUCUAUUAAGCUGCGGUGAAAUGGUUUAUUCUGGAGACGCUUCUAGGGUAGGUGAGUUUUUCCGUAAUCAUGGGUACGUUUGUCCGAACGAUUACAAUAUUGCAGAUUAUCUAAUAGAUGUCACUUUUGGUACCUCAACUCAAUCGCUACAGCAGAAUUUUCGAAACAAUGACCUUGAAGCUGUUGGACUUCAUAGUCAUGAAGACUCAAUUCAUGUACCAGAACUGAGCAAUUCUUCUACUCAACGCGAAUGGGAACACUUUGCUGUUCACAGAGAUGAACUAAGAGUCAUGCUACAGGAGCCAGGAGAACGGAGGGCAGCCGAGGGUACGCUAAAUUCCCAUCUGUUGCAGAAACUAUUCAAUGAGGGGCCUUACUUCUCUGAACUUUGUGUGGAAAUUGAGUCAAUUAAUUCUACACCUGCAGCUAACGGACUAAAACCUUCCUCAUAUGAAUCUGCCUCUUUCUUCCAACAACUAUCAAUCUUAAACUCUAGGACUUUUAAAAACGUCUUCAGGAACCCGAAAUUGUUGAUGGGUAACUACCUUAUGACCAUUUGUCUCGGAUUGUUUUUGGGUGUCUUAUAUUUUGAUGUGGAUAAUGACAUUAGCGGGUUUCAAAACAGAUUAGGGUUGUUUUUCUUCACCUUGACCUACUUUGGCUUCCUUACACUUACGGGGCUAUCAUCGUUUGCAUUGGACAGAAUAAUCUUCUUGAAAGAACGCUCAAACCAUUAUUAUUCACCUGCGGCAUAUUAUUUGAGUAAGAUAAUCAGCGAUGUUUUCCCACUUAGAGUAUUACCUCCUAUCCUUCUGGGAAUUAUGGUGUAUCCACUUGUAGGUUUAAAUAUGGCUGAAGGUGCAUUUUUUAAAUACAUUUGCAUUCUCAUCCUAUUCAACUUGGGUAUAUCCCUAGAAAUCCUUGCGAUUGGCAUUAUAUUUGAGGACUUGAACAACUCCAUUAUUGUCAGCGUCUUGAUACUUCUCGCUUCCCUGCUUUUCAGCGGCCUGUUUAUCAAUACAGAGAAGAUCACUAACGUCGCAUUUAGGUAUAUGAAGAAUUUUUCGGUUUUCUACUAUGCCUAUGAGUCCUUGAUUAUUAACGAGGUUAAAACCUUAAUGUUACGGGAAAAGAAGUACGGUUUAAACAUUGAAAUUCCUGGUGCUACUAUCUUGAGCACUUUUGGUUUCAAGGUUCAAAAUUUAUUAUUCAAUAUUAAGAUUCUAGCCUUCCUUAACGUCCUAUUCCUAGUCUUAGGGUACCUAAUUCUGGAAUUUUUUGUUGUUGAACAGAAAUAA